AUGUCUUCUUUAUUCUCGUCGUUUGUGGUACUCCUCGGAGCAUUUGUGCUGCAUCCAGCGAUAACGCGUGCAAACCAAGUCGUCCACAUCCCCGCGCCAACGUGGACGGCAGCGAACUCGACGACAGAUGAGCAACGCAAACUGUGGAUGCCGCUGGCUUAUCAGGAAGACCAGGGGUUCAACACCUCGUCGAACUUCACACAAUGGCAACUGACCAACGGCUUCAAGACUCUCCGCGACUUCAUGGACAACGGCAACUACUCAGUCACGAGUCCGCAACAGAUUCCAGACGAUAACAUCAUGCGCACAUACGGCUACACCCGUGACGGCCCAUGCGAGAUCUGGCUGGACAAUACCCUGGCCUACUCCAGCGUUGACUGUCUGGUGUCGCUGCCUAACAUGACGUACACGCUGGACUACAGCGGGUGCGGCGCGAGCUGCGUCAUGUACUGGUACACUUUGGGAGUCGCUAAACCGGAUCGCGUGUACUCGUGGGAAGUUUACAAGGAGUGCAUCCCCUUGUAUAUGAACGCAACCACGACUACUGCGACAGGUUCCAGUUCGUACGAUGAUACCCCAGGUACUGUGAAACCUGCGAGCUAA